CAACAUGAUGGUGUCUUCUGAUGGGGCACACCUCAAACUGAUCGACUUCGGGAUGGCGCACACCAUUCCUGAUGGGGCGGACUGGGUGGAACCACAACGGAACGCCUUUCCUGAGGGCACCCAAACUCACAUGCCUACAGAAGUGGCGGAGUGUAAGCCUCACAACUGUAAGGUGGACGUGUGGAGCGGCUGCUGCGUGGGACUCCACAUGCUGAACGGGUGUCACCCAUGGAUACGGCGCUACAGCCACGCAGCCACGCUCCUGCUCAUCAUUGUUAGCAAGGCUGAAGAGAUCAAGACAGAGAUUCCCUCGUUGAUCCACGAGAGUUUCCAGAGUUUGCUGCGCUGUGGUCUGGACCCCAACCCCACCACACGCCCCUCUGCUGCCGCCAUGCUCACCAUGGCUGAUGAUGCACUUACUGAAGUGUACAGUGCAGUAGGGUCGGGUCCUCCCAGCCCGACAGAGACGUCCCCCCAGGACCUCACGCCCCCCUACUCCCCCCAGCUGGCUCCCCAGGCAUCGGGGGGCGGGUAUGGACCAACCACCUCCGAGCUGAGGAGGAUCAUGGAUGAUCUGGACCAGGAUCAACAGGGACCCUCCCAACCUGAGGAUCUCCAGGAGCGUUGGGACAGCGCGACGGACGUGAUCGUAACACCCGAGGAGCAGGGUGGCCAGGGGUACAUGCUGCUGAACAGGGGUGGAGGGAACAGCCAUGGGGAGGGUGCACACAGGAGGGAACAGCCCUAUGGAAUUGAUGACGAGGGAAGCGUGACCCACCCAGAUGUAACCCAAGAACCUCAAAACACCCAGGAUGUCACAGUGGAAGCUUUUCCUCCAGUGAGCUCCAUGGAAGACUGUACCAGUGGCGAAGCCCCUAGUACAAGCUCUGCAGAUACCCAUUUGACCGAACAGCGACGUCUCACACCAGAGGGAAGACUAGAUGUCACAGCGCAACAGCAAUGUCCUGACACAGGGCACAGCCUGACGUCACACAAGAUAGAAGACCCUUCAAACCAGCUCCUGAUGCUGGACAAGUCAGCAACCAUCUCACCCCAGCCUCUGAUGAUUCAAGAUCUCCCAGCAGAUACCAUAGUAGAGAAGGCCAGCAACAAAGAACUGGAUAACGCAACUCUUGAUGUACUUCCAACCAACAUCCCUGGGCAAGAGAGUCAGCUAGAAAGUCAGCUACAACCACAGUGUGCUCUUUCAGAGAUUGUGACCUGUCCCUUACAGGCACAAGAAAGCAAAGAGCAGCAUAUGACAACAGUCCCUGCUUCAAAACUUCUGACCCCAACCAAGAACCCUGGGCAAGAACGUGAGCUACAACAACAGCGCGCGCUUACAGAGAUGGUCACUAGUCCCUCUCCUCCAGAAAGCAGAGUCAGCUACACACCUGAAGAGAUGGUCACCACUCUACCAGUUCCACAAGCAGCCUCCCUUGCACAUGCAGAAACCAAACUCGGCAGUGCAUCAGUUCUCCAGGUGCGUCAGAACAUCACCCCACCUUCCCUACCUGGCUUAGGUGCUGGGGGCAGCCUGUUCCACAGUGGAGAGGAAUCCAUGGAAGACAUCUACCUGGCAGAGACUGACAAACACAAGAUGCCGCAAGUGCUGCAAGGUGUGCAAGGACUCACAGCAGAUGGCAUGGCUGUGACCGCCACGAUUGAAGCUGUGGCCUUGCAACCUGCAGCUGGUCUGCAGUCCCUACCUGCCAUGAUGCACAAUGUGCUGUUUGCCAACACUCCAAACCCCCCUCCCACCCAACCUGCUUCCCUGCAGGCCUUCGGGAAUCGAUCCCGCGUCCGUCUGGCCUGUGCCUUCUCCCACCCCCUCCACACCCCAGACGAGAAGGAAGAAGUAACUGCCGCCCUCAACACCACCCACCCAACAGCAGAAAUGAACAACCCCUGUCCACAAACCCCUCCAGAGUCACCCCUAGUGGCUGCCAGCUCGCCCAGUACGGAAGGGUCGCUCACGACCCAGGGUAGUCCGAAGAAGGGGUCAUUGUUUGACCUCGAGAGUCCAGCAGAUGCCCCCCUCCCCACCCUAGAGAGGAAGAGUUCUGGUGGAAUUGCCAGCCGGACGUUGGCACGUGAAGCGUCCCGUACGUCAAGCCAGAGUGUAGAGGAAGUGGAGGAACAGCUCUUAAAUGAGUUCCUGAUGGCCCGGUUGCAGGAGGUGGAUGAUCUGGAUGAGCAGGAGGAGCUGAUGGAGAGGGCGAGUCAGCUGUCAGCAUCCUCUUACCUCGGGGGCAAGGACCAACCAGAGGAUCGAGUGUUGGAGUACGGUACCUCGUCCGGGGUGGAGUCAGGAACCCCAUCGCCCUCUGACCCCCAGAACAUCAUCUCCAGGACUAUCUCCAGUAGCUCUGCGGAGUCCAGUGGCUCUUCAGGAGUGCUGGUGAGGUUUCUCGAUCGCGGCAACACCCUCUGCCAAUGCCGCGUGAAGCCUGCCAAGACUAUCGUAGAGCUGUGCGAGGGAGUGGCUAACAGCAUCCAGUCACACGACGGGUUUGACCGCUUCACCAUCGUUCACACUGAUGGAACAUUCAUCAGUGCCGACGCCACCGUGGGAGAGCAGGGGUCAUGGGUCGUAGGUCAGGAGCUGUCUGUGGAGGUCGUGGCGGUGGCUGGGGAGAGCUGGAAGUGGUGUAUCAAUGAGCAGUGCAUCCUGGAGUACCAGGGGGAGGGGGAGAGGAUGUUUCCCUGUUUUGAUUGAGAUUUCUUGUACCUGACAUGUUGACAUUAGUCAAUUAAUCAGGCUUUAGCUUUCCUCACUGGCUAAAAUGGCAUUUUGACUUUUCCUUGUUUUCUCAGUUAUGAAUUAAGAAAGAAAAUGUAGUUGUAGUUACUAGAAAAUGAUUGUUUCUGCCUGAUUUGAAAAAAAUCAUCCGUCUUUCAAAAGAGACGUAAAAUGAAGUUCCAUGUUUGCUGAGGUGCUUCCAGCACGUUAAACUAGAAUGGUUAGGAACCACUCCUUGUAAAAUUACCCUGCUACAGAAACAGCACUUUACUAUUCUAUACAUAUAUAUAUUCUAUAGAUAAGGAAUAGGAACUACUUAAUGAGCAGUAUGAAAUACACAGGAAACAUUGUCUUCAUUGCUAUAUAUGAGAUGGCCUUUUUUUCAGUUUCACUUGUGAUUUUUGUGUACAUUCAAUUGAAAUAUAAGAUUAGUACUUAAAAUCUUUGUGAAAGAUUUUUGAUAAAAUAUAAGGAAUAGAUUGAAUUUGCAUGUCUGAAGAUUUUAUAUAUUAUUACCUUUUAAAGAAUGUAAUGUAUUUGGAAUAUUAUCUGAGUUGGUGAUAUAAAAUAUUAGGCAUUUGCAUAGUGGUACUGUUACAUGUACCUCUUGUGAUCUCUUCUGUGUGUAAGUUAGAUAUUUAGUAUGAAACUUCACUAAUUUGGCCUUGCAGUGCAAGUUGCACAAAUAUAUCUCAUAUUAUUUUUUUCUGUACUUUGCAUUGGGCUACAGAGCUUACACGAUAAUGGUGCCCCUAUUUGCAUUUCAGGGAUUGUUUUUAGAGAAUUUUUGACACACAAUUAUAAAAAAAAAGACUGUUUCAAAGCUUAUCUACAAGUACAUGUAAAUACAAACGAGAACACGCAGGUUUUGUGUACGGGAUAUACAUUCCCUGAAAUGCAAAAAGGGACAUCAAGAUGUCUCUACAUUAUUUGACAUGAGACCUUUGUUGGUAGAGAAUUAAGAUCAGGUGUAUGAAUAGAUGUGUUAGGAUAGAGAUUGUUUUUAGCUGGCAUAAUCAUUGCGUCUUUGGGAUGAGAUCCCAAUCAGUCUCUUUUAAAAGAAAUUGUGAUGAGGAUACUAGGAAUUUGUAAUUGUGGUCAAAAAUUUAUAAAUUCUGAGUUUCAAGUCAAUCCAUUGAUCUUGGUGUCAAGAACCUAAGUUGAAAAGUUCUGACUGUCUUUUAAGCGGAUAUCUUAAAGUUACAUUACAUAGCAGUUUUGUUACCGCCCCACUUCUAAGUGGUGACUAACACUUUUUGUGCGUUAGAUAUUGCCCAGUAUCACUUAAAAGUUACACGUUACAUGAAAAUGUGGUGGCGUGUGUUGUGGUGGAUAGCUGUAAUAACCAUGACUUUGUAGUCAAUAAAAUACACAGAAAAUCCAAA